CUCCAUCGGCCCAUAGGGCCUAGACCCCAUCAUCAACCUCUCUCGGUGUCUCCUCUCCCUCCCUCCAUAGUCCACCCCGCGCCUCGUUCACUCCGCCGCCGUCCCCUCCCCAUUCCUCCGCCACCGCCAGCCCACCUGCAUUCCACCAACGCCCAACCCCUCCCCGCCCUCCUCUAUAAAUAAACACGCGCACGCAUACACGCCACUACCACCGCCGCCGCCGCCCUCCCCAGCCCCCAGAUCUCCACCCCUCCCAUCUGCAAUGGCGGCCGCUUCGUCGCUCCACGUCGCCGCCCCGGCCGCCACCCCGCGGGUGGGAUCUGCCGGCCCCAAAUCCGCGUCAGCGGCGAGGAGCGUGCGCGUGGCCAGAUCGGGCGCGGCGGUGCGCCCUGGAGGCAGGCUGGUGGCUUGCGCCGCCGUUGCAACCAAGGCUGAUGCGCCGGCGAGCGAGGCGGCGUCCAAGUCUGAAGGUCAUGAGGUAUUGCUGUUUGAGGCUCUUCGUGAGGGUUUGAUGGAAGAGAUGCAAGCGGAUCCAACGGUGUGUGUCUUUGGUGAAGAUGUCGGUCACUAUGGGGGUUCUUACAAGGUGACCAAGGGUUUGGCUGAUAUGUUUGGAGACCUUCGUGUUCUUGACACACCAAUUGCUGAGAACUCGUUCACCGGCAUGGGAGUUGGAGCAGGAAUGAAGGGGCUGAGGCCUGUUGUUGAAGGCAUGAACAUGGGCUUCCUUCUCCUUGCUUACAACCAAAUCUCAAACAACUGCGGUAUGCUUCAUUACACCUCUGGCGGCCAGUUCAAGAUACCACUUGUGAUCCGAGGUCCUGGUGGUGUUGGUCGUCAGCUUGGUGCAGAGCAUUCGCAGCGCCUGGAGUCAUACUUCCAGUCAAUCCCUGGUCUCCAGAUGGUUGCUUGCUCCACUCCUUACAAUGCCAAGGGUUUAAUGAAGGCUGCCAUAAGGAGCGAGAACCCUGUCGUGCUAUUUGAGCACGUCCUUCUGUACAACCUGAAGGAGAAAAUUCCGGAUGAGGAGUACACUCUAUGCCUGGAGGAGGCUGAGAUGGUACGGCCUGGUGAGCAUGUGACCAUCCUCACAUACUCGCGUAUGAGGUACCAUGUGAUGCAGGCUGCAAAGACGCUGGUGAACAAAGGGUACGAUCCUGAGGUGAUUGACAUUAGGUCGUUGAAGCCAUUCGAUCUGCACACAAUAGGCAACUCCAUCAAGAAGACCCACCGCGUGCUGAUUGUGGAGGAGUGCAUGCGCACUGGCGGGAUUGGCGCCAGUCUGAGAUCGGCCAUCAUCGACAACUUCUGGGACUACCUUGACGCCCCCAUCAUGUGCCUGUCAUCUCAGGACGUGCCGACACCCUACGCCGCAACUUUGGAGGAUGCGACCGUCGUGCAGCCUGCCCAGAUUGUUGCGGCCGUUGAGCAAAUAUGCCAAUAGGGCGUCGUCUGUUUCAGCAUCGUUAAUUUGUAUCUGCCCUGGCUUGGAAGAACCUUUAAUUUGUCAUUUUUGCCUUGUAGCGAGGUGUUCAUUGUGGUAUAGGCUUGUAUCCAUUUUUUAUUCCUGCUUGAGUUAACACUUGAGCUACAUAACUGUACUGUAUUAUGCUGAAUGCUACUAGGGUCUGAACUCGGGUUUAUUGGAAGAAAUCUUUGAAUAUCCUGGGCAAGGUA